CCGCGGGGUGCGCGCCGCAGCCAGUCGCUCUCUCGGCGGCAGCAGCACCGGUACCGGUACCGGCAGCUGCCGCCCGCCCGGCGUCCUUCUUCCGGCACCGUCGGGACAUGAAGGUGAAGAAGGGGAGCGGCGGCGCAGCGGCCGCGGCGGGGAGCGGAGGAGCCGGGGCGGGCGCCGCCGCCGCCGCCGCCGGCCUGUGCACGGAGGAAGAGCUGCUGCGCAAGGCGGCCAUCAGCCCGGAGGACGUGCUGGGGCUCUCCAAGAUCACCUCGGAUUACUUGUGCACCCCGGAGGAGAAUGUUUACAAGAUCGAUUUCACCCGGUUUAAGAUUCGGGAUAUGGAAUCGGGCACGGUGCUGUUUGAGAUCACCAAGCCCCCUGCUUCAGAGCGUGAGCGUAGCGAAAAGAGGGACGUGGACCCCAACGCAGGCCGGUUUGUGCGCUAUCAGUUCACACCAGCAUUUCUAAGGUUGCGGCAAGUUGGAGCCACGGUGGAGUUCACGGUUGGCGAAAAGCCCAUCAGCAAUUUCCGCAUGAUUGAGAGGCAUUAUUUCCGGGACCAGCUGCUGAAGAGUUUUGACUUUCAGUUUGGCUUCUGCAUUCCCACCAGCAAGAACACCUGUGAACAUAUCUACGAGUUCCCCCAGCUCUCGGAAGACCUCAUCCAGGAGAUGAUCCUCCACCCCUACGAGACGCAGUCGGACAGUUUCUACUUUGUGGAUAGCAAGCUGGUGAUGCACAACAAGGCCGAUUAUUCCUACAGCGGCGGGCCGUGAGCGAGGGUGGGCGCAUCCUUCUCCUCCUGGGGGCCCAGCCGAGAGCCUCGACCUGCCGGCCUGGUGCGGAGGGGCAGCGGGACCGGACUCUGUGCAGAACCAGUGUCCUGAGACUGACUAGCUGAAGUCUUUCCUCCCCCACCCCUGGACUUUGGAGGCAGCGUCCCUCGUCCCCUGCCCUCGGGGGGGGGGGAACGUGACGCGAUGCUCUGCAGCUGCCGGGCAGUUGAGGCCCUCGCAGU